AUGUACGGAGAGCUGGGCAACAAAUUGACCGAGAUCGUCCGCGCCGUGACUCGCGAAGUGCGAGAUCUUGACCGCGAUGUGACUCGCAUGCUCGCGCCCUUUGAGGGUGCAUUCAAUCCAUCAGCCGACCCAGCUAUCGCCUGUUCCCUCCUAGUCGACCACCUAUGCAUGCGCCGAAACAAGCGCUGCCUCCUGGCGUACCACCGCGUCCGGACCGAGAAGCUCGAGGAAUUUUGCUGGACUGGUGUCGACGUCCUUGAACAGCAACAGCCCAGCGAAGCGUCCGAGGACCGGGGCCCAGGUCAGGGCGCGGGCGGACACAGCUCGCUAAGUCCCGAAGAAGAGGAAUACUUUCGACAAUACGGCGACAUGUUGGCCGCUUAUAAAGGCCAAUGGACUGACGUCGAUCUUACGGGAACAUUGGAGCCGCCGAAGGAUUUGUUUAUUGAUGUGCGUGUGUUGAAGGAUGCGGGAGAGAUUCAGACGGAGUACGGGUAUGUGGUGUCACCAUCCGGGGGGCUCUUACGCGGCUAA